AAAGAGCGAUCUGAAUUUGGAGCUUGAAAUCCACGCGAUUGCCAUUGCCAACCAGUCCAAAACUUCACCGCUACAAUCGCGCUCAGAUUCCAUUUAGGCCUGAAUUUGUGCGUCGCUGGAUCCGAGUUCAGAUCCACUGCCUGCCGGUUUGGUUAAUUUUCUCUGCAGCACCAUUGUUAACAUAGGUCAGCAGGUUUGCUUUGCUUUCCUCUGUUAAACAAUGGCACUGCCUUUUAUUUCAAGAAGGAAGUUAUACACCGCCUUGGUAUCGUUGCUUCUCGUACUGCAAAUUUGCUAUGGUUUUUACUUACCGGGAAGCUAUAUGCACACUUAUUCGACGGGAGACGAAAUAUACGCCAAAGUGACUCAUUUAUUAUCGUGUCGGAUUCGUGUCAACUCGUAUAUAUAAUUGAAUUGAAAUAUUUAAUUCAAAUUCAAUUAUUUUGUGUUGAAUUCGUAUCGAAUUAUUCGUAUCAAGUCAGCUUUUGUCGGCUCUAAAUAUUCUUGAAGCAUGACAUAAGCUUCCGUAUGUGUGUGAGUUCUGAACUAAAGUGGUUAUGUUAUUUUAUUUUUAAUUGUUAGCAAAAUCUGGGGUUAUUUCAUGAUUAUUGAAAAUAAGGGGGUCUUAUUAGAAUUAUUUCUUGAGAUCAGAUAUCAGUCGUUUCCGAUGCGUAGGUGAGUUACGCAGCCGGAGGAGGAAGAGGAGGAAAUGCGGUGGUACGUCGUUGCUUCGGCUCUUACCAUUCUUACGAGUUCUCAGGGGAUAUUGACAACGCUGUCACAGAGUGAGGGGGGGUACAAGUAUGAUUACGCCACUGUGCCUUUUCUUGCUGAAAUUUUUAAGCUUAUUGUUUCAUGUCUGUUGUUGUGGAGAGAAUUCCGAGGGCCAACACCUCCGAAGAUGACAACUGAUUGGAGAAGCAUUCGACUAUAUCCGAUCCCCUCAAUCAUAUACCUUAUCCACAACAAUGUACAGUUUGCCACAUUGACUUAUGUCGAUACAUCCACAUAUCAGAUCAUGGGAAACUUAAAGAUUGUUACGACUGGGAUUUUCUUUAGGCUGUUUUUGAAGAGGAAGCUUUCUAAUUUGCAGUGGAUUGCAAUUGUUUUAUUGGCUAUUGGAACUACGACAAGCCAGGUGAAAGGUUGUGGGGAAGCUUCUUGCGACUCGCUAUUCUCGUCUCCAAUUCAAGGAUACAUGUUAGGCGUAUUAUCUGCUUGUCUCUCUGCAUUGGCUGGGGUUUACACUGAAUUCUUGAUGAAAAAAAACAACGACAGCUUAUACUGGCAGAACAUUCAAUUAUACACAUUUGGUUCAAUAUUCAACUUGGCAAAGCUUUUAUUGGAUGAUUUUAGAAAUGGGUUCGAAAAUGGACCAUUGUGGACACGGCUUUUGAAUGGAUACACUCUCUCGACUUGGAUGGUAGUCUUGAAUCUCGGGUCUACUGGGCUCUUAGUAUCAUGGUUAAUGAAGUAUGCCGACAACAUUGUUAAGGUAUACUCCACAUCAAUGGCAAUUUUACUGACACUGGUAUUGUCUGUGUUCCUCUUCGACUUCAAACCAACACUGCAGCUGUUUUUGGGCAUCCUUAUAUGCAUGAUGUCGCUGCACAUGUAUUUCACGCCUCCUCGUAUGCUCGUGGAUUUGCCUUUGACACAAAAAGCAGAAGAGUCUCAAAGCCUGGUUGAGGGCUCUGUCGAUCAAAGAAGAACAGCCUCAUAGUCAUAGUAGCUCUCAACUUUACUUGGGGAUCAACUCUGAGGUUUGUGAGAAUGUCGAAUGAGGAUAUUUUUUUUAAUCUUCGAAGCAACGGGCCAACGAUCAAGAGUUGAAUAUGCAGAGUGCCUAACAAGGUUGCUACGUUUAGACAGAAGAAGUUUUGGAAAAAUUAGUAUUUAAUUUGAUGUUUUGCGAGAGAAACGUAUAUUAGAUGAUUUUUGAAAUAUUUCGAAAAUUGUCAAUAAGUUUCUAAGCUGAAUGGGUUGAAUUUUGUGUUGAUUCUAUGAAAUUAGCAUCGUUAGUUCUUUGAUAUGAUUACUAAAGAAAACAGAUCAUAUUUAUUUGAAUGAAUGUUUGUUUGUA